GUCUGCCGAAAGAAAUUCUGACAAUGGACAGGCAUUCAAUAGAUUUGUACAAGAAAGCGUUACGUGAUGGAAGAGUGUCCGUUCACAAUAUCCGCGUUAUGGUAGUUGGUCCUUCUGGUGUUGGGAAAACAACGUUGACAAAGCGUCUCUUAGGGGAGCCGGUUGAUAUUACCGAACGAGUCAGUACAGAUGGUAUAGACGUUCAUGUUCAUAGGUGUAAGAUCUCUCUCAAAGAUGGGACGUGGAUUUUGCCAAAAUCUGUGGAUGAGGCGUAUACACAGGACCUGAGGCAUUUGAAGGCUGACAAAGAAAAUUUGGGCACAAUGUCGUUGUGGGACUUUGCCGGACAGUAUGUGUUCUAUGCAACCCAUCAGGCUUUUUUCUGUCGUCGAGCAGUCUACUUGCUUGUUACAAAUAUUUCCAAGCACAUUGAUAAUACAAUAGAUGGCGAUCCCUGGCAUACUGACUGCAGAGGAGAGGCAGAGUGCAGAAUUGCAGAAAAUACUGACUUCUGGUUGAAUUCGAUACACGAGUUUUGUAGUAACGGAAGAGAAAGUGGACCUCCUGUAAUUUUGGUUGGCACUCAUGCAGAUCUGUUAAAAAAAAAGGACAUCUCUCCAGAUGAUGCUUUCAGUUCUUUGAGAGAAUUCCUGGUUGACAAGGUAGCAAGUUGUCAUUUGACCACAGAGAACUUUCUUAUAGACAACACUGUUGAAGAUGAGACUAUUCAGUCUCUACGAAAACAUAUAUUCGAUGCAGCUUCCAAACAGCCCUACUGGAGUGAGGAUAUCCCAGCGAAAUGGGUCAAAUUAGAAGAGGUCCUGAUGACAAUGAAGGAGAAAAACCUAAAGGUAUUACACAAAGACAGACUGAAAGAACUGAACAAGACAUUGCCUGUACCUAUUGAAACUGACAUGGAACUAGAAUUAUUCUUGCAGUUUCAUCAUGAAAUGGGGAACGUCAUGUAUUUCAGCAAAGAUGACUUGACAGAAUACAUCCUUUUAGAUCCACAAUGGUUAAUUGAUGCCUUUAAGAGUGUGAUUACUGCAGAAUCAUUUUACUUACGUCGGAGUAAUACACGGAAAGAAUGGAUAGAGUUCAAGGAAACAGCUAUGUUAAAACCUGUGUUGAUUGAUGCAGUCUGGGAAAAGGGCGGCGAAGACAAUGGUUACAACAAAUAUAGGAACCUGUUACUGACUUACAUGGAACAUUUAGGAUUGGUGGCUAGACCAGUACAACAAAAGGAACUUUCAGUCAAAGACUGGUAUUUUGUCCCAUGCGUGCUGAGACAACGUCCUCCAGAAGAAGUAACCUCUUAUUGUGAUUCUACACAUUGCAAGUCUACAAGUAAACUCUGCUAUACGACGGCUGGAAGAUUCUUGCCAGCUACGGUGUUCAACAAACUACUAGCUGCAUGUCUACAAAGAUGGCCAUUAUCAAAAAGAAAUGGAAAAUACAUGAUUUUCUGUGGAGGCGCUAUUUUUAUAUUGGAAGACAAUCACUUUCUUAAUAUGUUCCUGUAUGACCACGUAAUGCAGAUCUGGAUAACACGGCGGGGUGGACAGUUUCCAAAUAUUUCACUGUGUAAGGAAACACAAGCCAAUGUCGAAUAUAUAGUGAAAACAAGAAUCAGAAUGCACAGCGAGAUCAUACGGUUUGUUAAAUGUCCAAAAGUUUCUAUGUACUCAAACGAAAACAUGGUUAAGUUUAAACUCAGUACACUGGAAAUCAUUUGCUAUUGCCAGGAUUCCGUACAUGUCGUUCCGUAUGAUGAUUUGACUAAAUACUGGUCGUGUGAUCAAGGUACAAUUCACUCACGUAGUAAGUAAAGUUUUGAUACAUGAGAUUGAGGCAAAUAAAAUAUAUAAGUUCAUAUAAUAUAAUAUUCAACCACAGAAAGUAACAGUUAAAAUGUCUAGGCCUUCUCAACUUAAUUUAAAGAUUGCCGAAUUAUAUGUUUUAUUUACAAGGUAUCCUCAGUCAGUACAUACGAUUUAUAUACUUUGUAUUCCACUUUACCGCAUGUUUUGAUAAAAGGGAAACUAACAGCCUUAAAUCACAAAAACUUUUGCCAGGGAGAAUGCUACAUCUCUCGCUUUUGCCAGGGAGAAUGCUACAUUUCUCGCUUGCUUCUUCAAGAAAGAUUUUUGUACUUGUUG